GGUCCACGUGGAGAAGAAGCAGCAUGGCCUCGACUGCGAUGGAGCUUCCGCUGGAUUAUGCGCAGAUUAAAAAGGCAGCCCAAGCCCUGCUCGCCCACAACGCAGAAAAGCAGAAAUCCGCUGAGAAACUGCUCUUGAACGAGGACCAGAAUGUCUUCAUGAUGAUCACCGUCUGGAAAAUCCCUCCCCGCGAGCAAGUCAUCAAAAUAACACUGCCUCAUGGUAUUCUACCUGCGACGUCUGAGGUUUGCCUCUUCACGAAGGAUGAGCCUGGCUUGACGGCUGAACAGACGGAGAACCGGUACAAGAAGCUCUUGACCCAGCAUGGGAUCACAAACAUCACCGAGGUCAUCUCCUACAAAACGCUCAAAACGGAAUACAAGCCUUAUGAAGCCAAGCGUCGCCUCCUGGGGCGGUUUUCUCUCUUUCUGUCCGACGACCGGGUUCGAAGGCUUCUACCGUCGCACCUGGGGAAACACUUCUAUAAGAGCAAAAAGGCUCCUCUAUCUGUGAACUUGAAAGCAAAGGAUCUGACGAAGGAAAUAAACAAGCUCACCCAGGGAACAAUUCUGCCGGUCACCAACAAGGGUUGUUGCUAUACAGUACGUAUCGGUCACACCGGCUUGGAAGCCUGGAAGAUAUCGCAGAAUGUUGUCGCCGCUGCUAAGGUGUUGGCCGCCAAAGCCCCACAGGUUUGGAAAAAUGUUAAAAUUCUUCACCUCAAAACCGACAAAUCUGUUGCCCUUCCCAUCUUUAUCUGGAGUAAUUCCCAAAUGGUGAAUGUUCAGGAACAGACAGAUGCUGACGUUAAACAGGACGGUCAAGCCCAGAAAAAGAAAGGAAAGAACAGAGCUAAAAAGAACGCUUCGAGUAAAACCAAGGUGACUGUCAGCGCCGGUGACGUCCCUGCUUCUGGAACGCAAAAGGAGGAAGCGGUGGGCGCCUCUGCCGUUGUCGAAUUGGAUGAGGACGACGGAGAAAUUCCACAACUGAUUCCGAUUGAAACUCCUCCUGGCUCGAAGAGCAAGAAGGCGGCGAAGCCUAGUCCUGGGAAAGAGAUCAAGGCAGGCGCAAGAGGUUCGCCGAUUCUGCUCGGCAAAAGGAAGACCUCCCCAUGUCCGGAGGGUGCUGUAACACAGCAGGCAACACCUGGAGUUGGACCGAGCCAGCAGACACCAGCACCGCUCGGACGUGACAAGAAGUCCAAGAUCCCAAAGCAAGAAGUCCCGGAAAACCAGAUGGUGAAGACCCCCGGGAAGCCAUAUCCAAAGCUUCCUGCGACCCCUAAAAUGGGAAAAGCUGUACGGUCUGCCAAGAAAGCUCCGAAAACCCCAAAACGAGAACUCAGGAAACCGAAAGCAGCCCAGACAGCAUGAGCCACACACAGUACAUCAUCAAGUUGCAUUUUUUAAAAACGUAAAACCCGAUGGAGACCUUCUUAUUGAACUCUUGGAUCGUUGUUGCCACCCUUUCUAAUAACCUUUAAUGUUUUUUUGUUUCUGACCUCUAGCAGCAGGGCUGAAAUACUCAUCAGCUUGAUUCAAAACUAUAAAGUCACACUUUC